UUCACGACAAGCGGGGCGCUUGGCGGCUGUGGAGUUUCCCCGUGCUCUGAGCUGCUGCUGCUGCCGGGGCUGCUGCUGCCAACGAGCCAAGAUGAAGCAGAAGCGGAAAGGAGAUCUCAGCCCCGCGGAGUUGAUGAUGCUGACCAUCGGCGACAUCAUCCAGCAGCUGGUGGAGGCCCACGAGCAGGGGAAGGACAUUGAUCUCAACAAGGUGAAGACCAGGACGGCCGCCAAGUACGGCCUCUCUGCCCAGCCCCGCCUGGUGGACAUCAUCGCCGCUGUCCCGCCUCAGUACCGGAAGGUCCUGGUCCCCAAGCUCAAGGCAAAGCCUGUCCGAACUGCCAGCGGGAUCGCCGUCGUGGCUGUGAUGUGCAAGCCGCACCGGUGUCCCCACAUCAGCCUCACGGGGAACAUCUGCGUAUACUGCCCCGGCGGCCCGGACUCCGAUUUCGAGUAUUCGACCCAGUCUUACACCGGCUAUGAGCCCACCUCCAUGCGCGCUAUCCGUGCCCGGUACGACCCUUUCCUACAGACGAGACACCGGCUGGAGCAGUUGAAACAGCUCGGUCACAGUGUGGAUAAAGUGGAGUUCAUCGUGAUGGGCGGAACGUUUAUGGCCCUUCCGGAAGAAUACAGAGAUUAUUUUAUUCGGAAUUUACAUGAUGCCUUGUCAGGACACACUUCCAACAAUAUUCACGAAGCAGUCAAGUACUCGGAGCGGAGCCUGACCAAGUGCAUCGGCAUCACCAUCGAGACCCGGCCCGACUACUGCAUGAAGCGGCACCUCGGCGACAUGCUCACCUACGGCUGCACGCGGCUGGAGAUCGGGGUGCAGAGCGUCUACGAGGACGUGGCCAGGGACACCAACAGGGGCCACACCGUGAAGGCCGUGUGCGAGUCCUUCCACCUGGCCAAGGACUCAGGCUUCAAGGUGGUGGCGCACAUGAUGCCCGACCUGCCCAACGUGGGGCUGGAGCGGGACAUGGAGCAGUUCACGGAGUUCUUUGAGAACCCCGCCUUCCGCCCCGACGGCCUGAAGCUCUACCCCACGCUGGUGAUCCGCGGCACUGGGCUCUACGAGCUGUGGAGGUCGGGGCGGUACAAGAGCUACUCCCCCAGCGACCUGGUGGAGCUCGUCGCCCGCAUCCUCGCCCUCGUGCCCCCGUGGACACGCGUGUACCGCGUGCAGAGGGAUAUCCCGAUGCCCCUGGUCACCUCGGGCGUGGAGCACGGGAACCUGAGGGAGCUGGCUUUCGCGCGGAUGAAGGACCUCGGCAUUCAGUGUCGAGACGUGAGAACCCGAGAGGUGGGGAUCCAAGAAAUCCACCACAAGGUCCGCCCGUACCAGGUGGAGCUGGUGCGGCGGGACUACGUGGCGAGCGGCGGCUGGGAGACCUUCCUGUCCUACGAGGACCCCGAGCAGGACAUCCUCAUCGGGCUGCUGCGGCUGCGGCGCUGCUCUGAGGAGACCUUCCGCUACGAGCUGAUGGGCGGUGUGUCCAUCGUCCGCGAGCUGCACGUGUACGGCAGCGUGGUGCCCGUCAGCAGCCGCGACCCCACCAAGUUCCAGCACCAGGGCUUUGGCAUGCUGCUGAUGGAGGAGGCCGAGCGCAUCGCCCGGGAGGAGCACGGCUCGGGGAAGAUGGCCGUGAUCUCAGGGGUCGGCACCAGGAACUACUACAGGAAAUUGGGCUACCGGCUGCAGGGCCCCUACAUGGUGAAGACCCUCAAGUGAUGGCCCCGGGGCCACCCACGCCGGGUCCUGAGCGAGCCCCACGCCUCCCAGCACCCCAACCCGGAGCUGCUCCUCGUCCUAGAAACCACUCGGCGGGCCUGGCGGGUGUCUGGGGGCCUCCUGGACAAGGGGUCAGCUGGGGCGGACGCUGCAGUUGACAGAACUAGCCUUGGCACAGUUUCCGCUGAGAAGGCCUGGAGCAGGGCGGGUGGGGGCGAGCUGGCCCGAGCCCUCCGCGCGGCCCCCCGCCCCACCAGCUCUCCAGCCCCGGGGGGCGGGGGGAACCAGCGUUGCAGACCCCAACCGUUUCAUUCCACAGCGAGGUUGGGAGUCACGGCGUCUCGAAGAGGCAUCGAGGGGUCGGGGCCUCGCAUCCGCCCCGGCCACCGCCCGGAAGUUUCCGCACUGGGUUCUGUGCUUCGGCCACUGUAGAAUGUGGGGGUGGGGUGCACCCCAAGUCAGGACUCGCUGCUGCAGACGCUGCCCCGGCCUCUGGCCUCUCUAAGGCGGUUUUCAGUUGGUCUCAGCAGAGGGAGAAAUUCAGCUCGUGUGAGAGAGCAGAGGACGGGAGAGCUCAGGAGGUGGGAUGGGGGUGGGGGACGUCGUUUCCCAGGUGCCUCGCGGUGACCUGGACCCCCACUCCUGGCCUUCCCAGAGCUGGGUGAGAGGGAACUGAUCCCAGCUUCAUUAAAUGGCAUUGAUGGCGCAGAGGUUUGAACAAUAAAGCCUCCACCUCACCCAGGGUUUCUCUCC